AUGGACUCUGAAUACGACUAUGGUAUAAACAGCCCAUUAGACUAUAGUUCCGAUUCAGAAGAGGAGGCUGAGAGCUGUUACUAUCCUCCGCAACCAUCAACUAAGAUUGGAUUCACAAGUCUGUGGAGCCGUGAAACUGAACCACUACCUGAUUAUGAGACACAACUGACCCAGCUCAAGGACCAACUAAUCCAGCUCAAGGACCAUCAAAACCAGUCAGAUCAGAGGUUGGUGAAUCUGGAGAGGCUUGUUACUGAGGAACGAGAGAAGAAACCAUUCUUUCAAAUGACCCCUGAAUUGGUAGUUGUUGUUUGCUUCGGAAUAACAACAAGUUUCUCACAAGACAACUGGACUAUUCUUGGUCCCCUUAUUGACAUCGCUAGUCCUCUCGGACCAUAUAUGGUGGGGUUGCCCUUGAAUGUAGUGGUCAAAGAUGCUUUGAGGGAUAUAGAUUGGCGUUUCUCUUCAUUUCGGAGCAGAUCUAUUAUCAUCCUCAUAAAAGGAGCUUUACCUAGUCCAUAGAGUAUGAUUGAUUCUGAGGAGGACGAUUGUUAUCUGUGGAAAUUGGAUAGUCAUGCACCUUCAAACACUUUCUCCACUGCUGAGACUUGGCUUGCUCUUCACUCUGCAUCUGUCAUGGUCCCUUAGAACAAAUCGGUCUGGUUCAAAGGUCACAUUUCGAAACAUAGCUUCAUUUCUUGGGUUGCUACUUACAGACUGCACACAAGGGACAAACUAACAAGAUAG